AUAGUAACGUAAAAUACAAACUCGACCAACUCACGUUUCAUUUUCCAUUUUAUCAACUUAUGUCAUCUAAUCAAUCAUAUAUAUAUAUAUAUAUGUUUAAACCAACAUUUCCUCACAUAAAUAUAAAUAAAAUUAAUUAAAAUAACAAUGACUGAUUACACUAAUAACCCAACCCCUAAUAAAGACUCUAGAGAUUCUAAUAUAAAUAAAAACAAAAACAUAGACCGUGACAGUGAUUGUGAUUAUUCAUAUAGUGACGAGUCUUUUGACUCAGACUUUUCUAACUCGAGUAAUUCAGACGUCACCAAUGUCACCAGGAGAUCCCAAUCAUCAUCAUCAUCAUCAUCAUCAUCAUCAUCAUCAUCAUCUUCUUUGGAGUCACAAACUAAUGUAAUAAAUACUAGCGCAAUAAAAUUAAAUUUAGCUGACGAUGACAAUGAUAUUGAUGUCAGAGAGUGCAAAAAUUACUCGGUGUCGUCAAUAUCGUCGAUAAAUUCGAGCGAGAGGCAGCGGAGAAUUAAUCGAAGACUUAAUGAGUGUCAUGAUCGGUUGCAUAGGAAAAAUAUGAGUUUCACUAACAUGCAAGUUAUGAAAAUAGAACGGGACAAUCAGUGUCUGCUCAACAAAAUAAUGUCCCAGCAUAAGCCGAUUACGGACAAUAAAAACCUGGGGUUCGUCAACAGACUCAGCAGCUCGGCGAUUAAUAGGAAAAAAUUUCAGAGGAAAAUUGAAGAAGAAAAUAUGAUGAUGCUGAGAAAAAUUCAAAGUGCAAAACCACGAGUGCUGACUGGAAAUUAUUCACGAAAAUUUUAAUUUACAAUAAAAAUCUAAACUACGAAAAAAAAUAUUUUGUGCAUCUUACAAUAAAUU